GGAGCUCGAUCGAAUCAAAAGUGUCAUCCCCUCGCAGCGGGAUGAUGUUGAUGUUCUCGGGUGUUUCCAAAUUAAAUUACAUCAAAUUUCCACUGCAAUUAAAUUUUGCAUAACUGCGGGGCUGAGUGCUACGAUAACGCCUCGAUGAAGUUGGGUUUUGUCUCCUGGAACUUCAGCUAGUAACGGAACAAAAAAUCUACAUCGAAAUUACGGGAACAUUUAGUUAAAAAUAAGAUUAAAAUACCUUCAUAACACUUUCGUCACAAUGGUAAUCUACUGUUGGGGAAGCACUGUUCAUGGCGAGCUUGGCCUUGGUGGGAUUGAGGAAGAACAGGUGAUGACCCCGCGGGAAAUGGAAUGGACACACAGUGGGAAUCUGCGGCAGGCCGUCUGUGGCGGAACCCACACCUUGCUGCUGACCCAGGAUGGGAAGCUGUUUUCUUGUGGCAACAACGACCAUGGCCAGCUUGGGCACGAUACGGACAGUCUGCCAAACAAACGGCCACGUAGGUCCCGAUUUAAACUGCUAAAUUCACUGGAGAACUACAUCGUAACGCAGAUCACCUGUGGAACGUCACACUCGAUAGCCCUCACCAAUUGGGGUCAACUGUUCAGCUGGGGCUCUAAUGCACUCGGCCAGCUGGGUCACGACAGUAACGAUCUCAGCAAUCAGCGGGUUCCGCGGAUGAUCAAAGCCAUCGCUACUAAAACCAUCGUCCAGGUGGCUUCGGGUCACUUUCACUGCCUUGCUCUAACAAAUUCCGGGGAGCUUUUUGCCUGGGGUGCGAAUGCAUAUGGCCAGCUGGGCCUAGGCUACUCCAACGAAAAGGUUCCGAUGCCAACGCUGAUCAAAUCGUUGGCCGGUAUUCCGAUUGCAUUUAUCGCCUGCGGCGGGAAUCAUAGCUUCGCCGUUUCCAAAUCAGGAGCCAUUUUCGGUUGGGGCAAGAACACCUUCGGUCAGUUAGGUCUGAACGAUCUGAACUCAAGACAAUACCCAACUCAGCUGAAGACGUUGCGUAGCCUGGGCGUCAGGUUCAUCAGCUGUGGUGACGAUUUUUCCGUUUUUCUUACCAAUGAAGGUGGUGUGUUCACCUGUGGAGCAGGAACGUUCGGGCAGCUAGGACACGGCACCUGCGGUAACGAAAUACUGCCGCGUAUGGUUCUGGAGCUGAUGGGAAGCAAAAUUACCCAAGUUGCAUGCGGUCGAAGGCACACUCUGGCCUUCGUGCCUUCUCGAGGGAAAAUUUACGCCUUCGGAUUGGGAGGAGUCGGUCAGCUGGGCGUAGGCGCCAGUGCAAAUUUCAACACCCCCCAAAUCGUUCGUGGGCCAUGGAUUGAUCCAGGUCCAGGUCCAAUUCCUGUCCUAUGCGUGAACCGAAUAUUUUCCGGCGGUGAUCAGUGUUUCGUGAUGCUGCAACAAACUAAUAAUUGCCUGCCUUCGGACUACCGAAUGUACGACCCGGCUUCGCAAAUCCUAACGCUGUCCUCCGAGGUGAGCAGCAGUUUGGCCAACACCAAACCCAAUGAAACGGUCGACAUGGACUUGAUCGCACUAGUGGAAACUGUGUUCCGAAGUUUGGCUUGCUUCAACGGAUCGUGGCUGGAGCAGAACGAUGCCCACUUUUGUUGCACAUCGAAACAUCCCGGUGUAGAUAUUGUUGCAGCGGAAGAAACGUUCGAAAACAUUCGGAAAAUUGAGCACGACACUCUGAAACAGCUCAUAUGGGAAUCGAUUUCGACGGACCUAAUAAAUUCCCUGGUGGCCUCCCCGGCUGAUGUGGAAACGUUGCGGGUUUAUCUGACGCUACCGAUGUAUCACGAGUUUAUCAACUCUAAAAACUAUCAAAAGUUGCAUUCGCCGUUCAGUCAGGCCGUUCAAAAUCUUCAGAAUAUUCCAUUCAAAAUUGUAUCCCAGUGGUGGUCUAACCAGACCAAGGAAUACUUUGAACGGUUAGUGGAAAAUUUCAAAAAUGUGGUGCUUUAUAUAGUAAAUUUUAAGUUCCCCAAAGUUACUGGGGGCGAGGAAAAACAGGAAAUCCGUUAUGAAGCUAAUCUGGUGGCGAUGCUUAACAUUAUGGCUAUACUUUACAAGAUAAACCACUCCCAGCGAACACACAAGUUGCCUUACGAACAAUUUCACAUUAAUGAUAUUGAUGAUCUAAUCGACAUUCGAUUAGACUACGUACGAUGGGUUACGGAUGUAACUGGUACUUAUUUUUCGCUGUGCAAUUAUCCAUUCAUUUUCAAUGCCUCGUCAAAGACGUUGCUAUUGCAAACAGACCAAGGCCUACAAAUGCACCAGGCUAUGCAAAACGCUGCCACCGUUAAUAUACUCUCACUGUUCCAAUCGAAUGCCGUCAACAUUUCCCAAUUCAUUGUGCUGACUGUUACGCGGGACAACAUUGUCCAGGACACGAUUCGAGAGCUGGCUCAGUAUACUGCAAACGAUCUGAAAAAACCUCUCAAAGUUCAUUUCCACGGCGAGGAAGCCGAAGAUGCGGGUGGUGUGAGGAAAGAGUUCUUCAUGUUACUACUCAAGGACAUUCUAGACCCCAAGUAUGGUAUGUUUAAAUCUUACGAAGAUUCCCGAGCCAUUUGGUUCACUGAGGAUUACUUUGAUAGCGAUGAUGGCAUGUUUGCGCUGAUUGGAAUCCUGUGUGGGUUGGCUAUUUACAAUUUUACCAUCAUCAACCUGCCGUUCCCGUUGGCUUUGUAUAAAAAACUUCUGGGAGAAGAGGUUCAACUGAGCGAUCUAACCGAACUCAUGCCAACGGUGGGAAAAUCAAUGCAAGCCAUACUUGAUUACAACGAACCGGACCUGGAAGAGGUUUUCGGACUGACGUUCUCGACAACCCGGGAUUUCUUCGGAGAAAUGCAAACGAUCGAACUGAAACCCGGCGGCGAAAGGAUAGCUGUCAAUCAGGAAAAUAAACAAGAAUUUGUUCAGAUGUACACCGACUACGUGCUGAAUAAAUCGGUGGAAAAAUCGUUCAAUCAUUUCCGCCUGGGUUUCAUGAAAGUAUGCGGAGGCCGUGUCUUGAAGCUGUUCAAAGCCCACGAGCUGAUGGCGGUCGUUAUCGGUAAUGAGGAGUACGAUUGGAUUGCGCUCGAAGAAAAUGCCGAAUAUAAAAACGGUUACAAAUCCAGUGAUCAGCCUAUUCGGUGGUUCUGGGAAGUGUUCCACGAGUUGCCUUUGGAAGAGAAGAAAAAGUUUCUCCUGUUUCUGACAGGUUGCGAUCGAAUUCCCAUCCAGGGUAUGAAAGCUAUUAAGAUUUUCAUUCAACCAACAUCGGACGACAAAUUUCUACCAGUGGCCCACACGUGCUUCAAUCUGCUCGACCUUCCCCAGUACAAGACGAAGGAGAAGCUUAAGUACAAACUGCUGCAAGCAAUCCAGCAAACGCAGGGCUUUAGUUUGGUUUAGGUUCAACCGAACGCGUGACAGGUAAGUAUUUGACUAAUGUUUUACUCCACCCAAACCCGAACCGAUGAGAUGCCAGAUACGGAGCGAAGCUUUCAAAAAGCCAAAUUAAUGUAACUCAAGUGUUCUGGCAUUACUGGGGUAUGAACAGAGCGAAUUUUAAACAAUAUACUGUAACAUCAGAAAAAAUGCGUGACAUAUUUUCCAUAACUACUAGGGCUGAUAGUGCAAAAUUAGUUCUAUCUAGUAAUGACGAUGUUGGUUCCAACGCCGCCAUUUAGAACAGCAAACCUACGGAACCACUCAGCAAUGAACGACUGAAUCAUAUAGUUUGUAAGGUUCGUCAAGUGUAGAAGAUAGAAGUUAGUUGCUUCACCACUACAUUUAAGACCUGUUGAAUUUGAAUCAUUUAUAAAUAGUGUCACUUGAUUUUCGCUAUCCAGUUUUUGGUUUAUCUUCGACAUCAAGAUUUAUAAAAUGAGAAGAGAAAUCAAUGCAAUGUCACAACAUUGCACCUUUGGUUGGUUGAAGGUCAUGUAUAGCAAAAGUUAAACAUUUUUGUGACACUGUUCAUCAAUGAUUUAUGGUUAAUUUUUGCUAAAUAUUGUACUUGCUGUGCGUCUUUAUUUAUCACAAAAAGCUUAUAUUUAUUACCCCAUCUUCUCAUGGUUGAUAUAUUCAAAGUUUAAACGAGAUUUAAUCGGCGACAAUGAAAUUGGUUCGCUUCGACAUACCCUAUCAACUGCUAUACUAACAUCAUACUAAAAAAUAAUAAUGAGAAUGGUAAAGGCUAGCCUCCCUCUUAUACCUUCUCUUGGUUACUGCCGGGUGUUGUUAAAAAAAAACACACAAAAACAUACACAUUGUUUCCUUUGCUUGUUUUUCUUUGACGAUUGACCAAUAAUUGUUAGGCUGAUGAUUUUUUGGAAUGUUGCAUAAUACAUCUACAAUGGAUUAUGUAGUAAGUAAUAAAGUUGCAUUUUAUAUGAAAA